AUGUACCACUUGGCAAAUAGCUUGAAGAUGAAGGCAAAGAAUCGGAAGAUAGUGAAAAUGACUCCGCCGAUGCCGAAGAAUGAUGACCUAGCUGAUGAUUUUGAAGAUAAUGAUCCUGUAGAUGAUGAUGAAUAUGAUGAUUCACUAGAUGUUGAUGAUCUGCCAGUUGCUAAAGAUGAUGAUCUACCGGUUGAUAAAGAAGAUGAUGAUCCACUUGUUGAAACUGAAGACGAUGAUGCAUCCGUUGAUAAAGAUGACAGAACUACUGAUUUGGCUGAUGAUAAAGAUUCUCCCGUUGAAUACGAAGAUGAUUCACCUGUUGAAUACGAAGACGAUCCAAGGGUUGAUAAAGAAGAUGAUCUUGCUGAAGAUACAGAAGAUGAUGAAGCUGAUGUUGCUGAAGUUGAGAUCGAUGAACUCGUACCAGAAGAUGAAACUUGCAACUGUCCGGCAGAUUUGAAGUCGAUAUGUGGUUCUGAUGGAAUUACUUAUGGAAAUGUAUGUCAAUUAGAUUGUGAGAAUAAGAGACGAGGAAAACUUGGUUUGUCAAAGGUUGUCGUACAUUUUGAAAGCGUUUGCCCAAUACAAUUUUGUUCCUGUUCUAAUUCUAUAAUUCCUGUAUGUGGCACUGAUAAUAGAACGUAUAGAAAUAUUUGUUAUCUUGAAUGUGCUAGCAGAGCUAAUCAAGCCAAGUGUAGAUCACCAAUUUAUCUAAAAUCUAAAGGUGCAUGUACUAAGGAUCUAUGUGUCUGUCCAUUAAAUAAUGAUCCACUUUGCGCCAGUGACGGUAAAUCAUAUGGCAAUGUAUGUAGAUUUGAAUGCGAAAACAGAAGACGCAGUGCUUUAGGAAUUUCGUUACUUACUAGAAUUCAUAGAGGCGAUUGUGAAACUUGCAUAUGCCCAACAGUUGUAAAUCCUGUUUGUGGUAGUGAUGGAAAAACAUAUAGUAAUGAAUGUAAAUUGGCUUGUGAGAACAAAAUACGAAAGAAACAGGGCCUUCUUUCCAUUACAAUACUUUAUGAAGGCGACUGCGAGUCAUGCGCUUGUGCAGCUAUAGGUGACCCCGUGUGUGGAAAUGACGGAAACACAUAUAGGAAUGGAUGUGAAUUAGCUUGUGAGAAUAGAAAACGAAAAAAGCAAGGUCUUCCUCCAAUAACAAUAAUUUACAGAGGUGUAUGUGAAAGUUGCACAUGUCCAGAAAUUUAUGACCCAGUUUGCGCAAAUAAUAAUCAGACAUUUAAUAAUGAAUGCCUUUUAGACUUUGAAAAUAUUCUUCGAAUGAAACAGGACUUGCCGCCUCUUUCAAUUCUUUACAACGGUAAAUGUGAAAUAUGUUACUGUCCAUUCAUCAGUAAUCCAGUAUGUGGAAGUGACGGUAGUACGUAUAGUAGCGAAUGUUUCUUGCAUUGUGAAAAUAGGAAACGAAAAAGGCAAGGUCUUCCUUUACUUACAAUAAUUUAUAGAGGUGAAUGCGAAUUUUGUGAUUGUGCCGCUUUAGGUGAUCCUGUUUGUGGAAAUGAUGGGAGAACUUACGGCAACGAAUGUGAAUUAGCUUGUGAAAACAGGAUAAAAAAGAAACAGGAUCUUCCUCCAUUAACAGUUCUUUACAAAGGGGCAUGCGAGGUUUGUCUUUGUUCAGCCGAUGUAGAUCCAGUAUGCGCUAGUGAUAAUAGAACUUAUGAGAACAGCUGUGAGUUGGAUUGUGAGAACACAUUACGAGAGAGGCAAGAUCUUCCUCCUGUCGCAUUACUAUAUGAAGGUGAAUGUGAACCUUGUAUUUGUUCGGCUAUAGAAGAUCCGGUAUGCGGUGAGGACGACAGUACCUAUAAUAAUAAUUGUUAUUUAGAUUAUGAAAAUAGCAAACGAAAGCGACAAGGUCUAACUCCAAUAGAAGUGCGCUAUGACGGUGAAUGUGUUUCAUGUACGUGCCCAAAGAUAUAUGAUCCAGUAUGUGGCAGUGAUGACCAGACUUAUGAGAACAAGUGCCUAUUUGAUUGUGAAAAUAAGGUGCGUGAUAAAGAAUACUUACCACCGCUGUCCAUGCUUUACCAAGGCAAAUGUGAAGAGUGUGUCUGCUCAGCAGUUAUAGACCCAGUAUGUGGAAGCGAUGACAUUACGUAUAACAAUGAAUGCCUAUUGGAAUAUGAGAACAAGAAACGAAAGAGACAAGGCUUACCUCCUUUAUCAGUAUUCUAUGAAGGUGAAUGCGUAUCAUGUAUUUGCCCAACUGUAGAAGAGCCUGUAUGCGGAACUGAUGGUAAAACAUAUGGCAAUGAAUGUAAACUAGAUUGUGAGAAUAGAAUACGUAAAAAGCAGGGUCUAGCUCCUAUAACCGAAAUUUACAAAGGUGAAUGCGAGAUAUGCGUAUGUCCAGCCAAUGUUGAUCCAGUGUGCGCAAGCGACGGAAGAAGUUAUGGAAACGAAUGCGAGUUGGAUUGUGAAUGUGAGUCUUGUACUUGUCCGGAUGUAGAAGAUCCCGUUUGUGGAGGCGACGAGAAGACUUACGCGAGCGAAUGUAAGCUAGAUUGCGAGAAUAAAAUACUUAAAAGACAGGGUCUACCUACUAUCACACUUGAUUACAAAGGAGAAUGUGAAAUUUGUACAUGUCCAGCUGAUGCUGAUCCAGUCUGUGGAAGUAACAAUCAGACUUACAACAGCGAAUGCUUUCUUAAUUAUGAAAACACUAAACGAGAAAAGCAAGGAUCACCUUUGCUUACAAUUCUGCAUAAUGGUAAAUGUGGUGCUUGCUUAUGUCCAUUCAUUUUUGAACCUAUAUGCGGAAGUGACGAUCGAACCUAUGAUAAUAAAUGCCUUUUAAAAUGUGAGAACUUGAAGCGACAAAGACAAGGUCUUCCUCCGAUUGAGGUGGUUUAUGAUGGUGAAUGCGAAUCUUGUAUUUGCGUAGCUCUUUAUGAACCUGUUUGUGGUAGUGAUAGAAAUACGUAUAGCAACCAGUGUCAACUUGGUUGUGCGAAUAUGAAACGCAAACGUGUAGGCCUUCCUUCAAUAUUUGAACUGCAUGAAGAAACCCUAAAUCCGAUCGGCAGACCUAACGAACAACGUCUCAUCUAA